CUCGUGAAAAGUAUAUUCCAGUUUGUGCCAUCUAUUGUGUGAAGAAGUGACAAGGAGAACGAAAACAUGGAAAAUACUACUGAUACACCAGUAAUUCUGGUCGAUUACAUGACCAUAAAUUCUACAUUGCAUAUUCCUGCGCAAUACGAUGUGACAAUCGCAGACGCAGGAUACAUCGUAACGAAUUCGUUAAUCCUUAUCACUAUGCAAACUGGCUUUGCACUAGUUAACGCUGGAACUGUAAGUGUCCGUAACAGUGUAAAUAUGAUGAUGAAAAAUACAGUAGACACAUUUAUUGGCGGUUUCGCAUUUUGGCUAGUAGGAUUUGGUUUGGCUUACGGUAGAAGUAAUUAUUCAAAUUGGCUGUUUGGUUGGGGAGAUUUUUUCGUCGACGUAGCAAAAACCGAUCCGCUAAUGGGUGGCGUAAUGACAGCGUUUAUGUAUGAAAUUUCGUUUUCAUCAUCGUCCACGACUAUUGCUAGUGGUGGAAUGGCUGAGAGGUUUAACUUUCGAGCGUAUUGUAUUUACGCUUUCAUAAACUCGAUUUUUUAUGCAAUAGCUGCUGGUUGGGUGUGGCGUGAGAGUGGAUUUCUCGCGGUAUUUGGUGCUGUAGACAUUGCAGGAGCCGGGCCAGUGCACAUGUUGGGAGGUGUAUGUUCAUUCGCAGCUGCAUGCUUCCUUGGACCGCGAAUUGGUCGAUAUGAUCGAGGAAGCCAUCAUGUUCCAAUGGGAAAUGCGUUGAUUGCGCUUUUGGGACUGUUCAUCCUAUGGUGGGCUUGGUUGGCGUUUAAUACGGCUAGUAGCUAUGGACUUAGUCGAGGUCGAUGGGGUUACACGAUUAGAUCAGCCGUCAUGACUAUGCUAGGAUCGAUGGGAGGUGGAGUGACGGCUUGCGUGUACUCUUUAAUAGAACACAAAGGAAAGGCUCAACCGUUCCAAAUUAUGAAUGGAGUCCUUGCUUCACUUGUGUCUGUUACUGGAGGAUGUUAUAUGUUUGAGUCUUGGUCAGCUGUGUUUACUGGAGCAAUCGGAUCACUCUUGUGUAUGCUUAGCAUGAAACUAAUGGACAAAUAUAAAAUUGAUGAUCCUCUGUACGCUUGUACCGUUCAUGGCGUAGGAGGAGCCUGGGGUUUGAUCUCUAUUGGACUAUUUGCUUUCGACCCCGUACCACAAACUAUUACAAGAGGCAGAUCUGGUCUGUUCUUAGGAGGAGGGUAUAGUUUGCUCAUUUCGCAAUUAGCAGAAAUGUUCACUAUACUUGGAUGGGGACUAGGAUCAACAUGGGCUCUGCUGUGGAUUUUGAAUAAAUUUGUCAGAGUGAGAUUAACCUCUGAGGAAGAAGUCUUGGGUGCUGAUUACUCUGAACAUGAUGUCGAUCAUGCAAGGAAUGCUCUUGAAGAGCUAAAACCAUUGUGGAAUAGGGAGGUGGAGCUUAGCGAUGGACUAAAGUACAAGCUGUCGAAAGCAAUGUGUAUUACUCACGAUAUGACAACGGGAAUGUACAAAGGAAACAUAAAUGCUGCAUUCAAUGACGGAACUGCUGUUAAUUUGGAUAUGCGCUUCAAAAAUGAUCAAUCACAAACAAAUUCUGGUGUUUACUGACAUUAAGUUCCUGUC